AAUCUAAACUCUUCAGGUAAGACUUCCAGCAGCACAGACGGGCCCAAGUUCCCCGGGGACAAGAGCUCAACAGCCCAGAACAACAACCAGUUGAAGAAAGGCAUACAGGUGUUACCGGACGGUCGCGUGACGAACAUUCCUGGGGGCAUGGUAACAGACCAGUUUGGGAUGAUUGGCUUGUUAACGUUCAUCAGGGCAGCGGAGACAGACCCUGGCAUGGUGCACCUGGCACUGGGCAGUGACCUGACAACACUAGGACUCAACCUCAACUCGCCAGAAAACCUGUACCCCAAGUUUGCAUCUCCCUGGGCGUCAGCACCGUGUCGACCCCAGGACAUCGACUUCCAUGUUCCAUCUGAGUAUUUAACCAACAUUCACAUAAGGGACAAGCUUGCUGCAAUCAAACUGUCUCGGUAUGGGGAGGACCUGCUGUUCUAUCUUUACUACAUGAAUGGAGGAGACCUCCUCCAGCUGCUGGCAGCAGUAGAGCUCUUCAACCGGGACUGGCGGUACCACAAGGAGGAGCGUGUGUGGAUCACGCGGGCGCCGGGCAUGGAGCCCACUCUGAAGACCAACGCCUAUGAGAGAGGCACCUACUACUUCUUUGAUUGUCUUAACUGGAGGAAAGUAGCCAAGGAGUUUCAUCUGGAAUACGAGAAGCUAGAGGAGAGACCCCACGUGCCAUCCACCUUCAACUACAACCCAGCUCAGCAAGCCUUCUGAGAGACUUCCUUCCCCUCGUUCUCAGUCCACCAUGGGAUCCUAGACCUGGUUAGAGUUCUGGUCCCUGGCCCUGGUUCCUCACAGCAGACAGACGGACAGACCUACAGACAGCGAAUGCCGGUGUGGCUGGCUCAGGCAUCCUGCUUUUUAUUCCUCGAUCCACCGUCUGGCAAAUUGACUUUAGGCCAAAUGGAGGGAAAUCCGGCGACCAUUUUGGCUCCGAGCAGGUCCUUCUUCCCCUGAACUGAAUGAUGUGCCGCCCAAUCAGACGCUGGUUUCUCUUUUUUUAAAUAUAUAUAUUUUUUCUUUUCCCAGUUUUUUUCCUGACCUUGUCCCUUUUGUUUUGGUUGGUUGUCAAUUUGAAAACAUUCAGAACCUUUUUGUUUACGCCUCAUUCUUCAGACCUCCCCAUUGGUCACGAAGCACCGUGACAUCAUAAUACACACACAGACCCUCUGACAGUGAAGGAACAAGGUUGAUCUGUCAUUAUCCAACAGAAGUGUUCAAAGAACACAGUGACCUGCAGAUAAUACCUCAACACAAUGUUACUGUAGCAGAGUGGAAGACCCACAGACAGACAGACAGACAGACAGACCCACAGACAGACAAGAGGCCAGGAGAAAAUGCAAUGUUCAUAUUGUAGCUCUAUUUCGUAAUAAAAGAACACAAAAGA